AUUUUGGCAUUUGGUAUUUUCGCGUUCUCAGUUCACGGUCACACUGUCCGCACACUGAGCUGCGUUUUUCGUUGAUAAUUUUAAAUUUAUUUAUUUAAUUUAUUGGUUUAAAUCAGUGAUCAAUAAUUUGUUUGCUGGCCAGCUUGGUCGCAGCACGUGGCCUCAGCCUAUUACGCGCAUUAUCGGAUAUCGAUAUCUGCUGAUGGUAAUUGGAGAACGUUUUUUCCUAUUUUAUCUCCUCCUUUUCCCACUUCGUUUUGUGCUCUGCUCUUGCUGUGCUCUCUUUGUGCUCUUCCGCCAGCAGCAGCCAGCCCCAAUGCCUAUGCCAAUAGUAAACUCUGUGCGUGAAAACAUAUAAAGACAAAGUAAAUGCAACGAUAAGCGGCGGCCGAAAAUGCUAUAGGCCAUGUGUGCAAUAAAGUAAAUUGUUUCAGCUUCCAAAACACGAAAAUGUUACCCAGACCAGACGCUCCCAUUGCCGUGCCGAGCUGGCAUAUUUUGAUACGCGACGCCGUCGACGUUGAGUUAUGUCCCGGCUGCGGACUGUGCGCGAGGAAUUUACAACAAAAACAAAAUGAAAAUUGUAUUUAAAUUGCCAACUCUAAAUGACGUCACAAUUGUAACAGAGUGCAACAGACGACAGACAACAAUGACCGAUGAGCAUAAAAGUACCAUUAACAGUAACAGCAGCAACAAUUCCAACAACAAUAGCAACGACAGCAGCAGCAACAACAACAACAGCAACAGCAACAACGAACGCAUAAUUGCAGAGGCGGCAGCACAGUUUCUACUCAAAAAUGGUUUGAACGGCAGCUUUCCACUGCCCCCGCCCCUGCCCGCGAACCUGAGCACGAGCACGAGCACUAGCACGACAGCAGGCAGGACGCCGACGCCGACGUCCUCCUCAUCAUUGUCAUCAUCAUCAUCAGCUCCAGCCUCGUCAAAUGGCUUUUUGCCGCAUGUCAGCACGCCCACAACAAAGACAACUAGAAGCAGUAACAGUCCAACAAGCAGCAGCAGCACCUCAGCGAUGGCGGCAUCUGCUACGGUGGCAGCGACUAGCGCCCUCGUCGGCUCUGCUCCGAAGCCUGUCGAUGUAAUGGGUGGUGUGCUGGACUACAGUUCCUUAAGCAGUGUGCCGAGUGCCGCCACCGCCGCCGCAUCCAUGGCGCCCACAGGAUCGUUGAAGAGCGGGAAGGGUGGCAGCAGCAUGAGCAGCAGCUUUGAUAUGGGCAGGCAUCCGAUAUCGACGCACAGCAACAACAGCACGGCCGGCUACGGCGGUCGUUUGCAGUUCUUUAAAGAUGGCAAAUUCAUAUUGGAACUGGCACGUUCGAAGGACGGCGAUAAGAGCGGAUGGGUCUCUGUAACGCGCAAGACUUUUCGCCCCCCAUCUGCGGCCACCUCGGCCACCGUGACCCCAACGUCUGCAGUGACGACAACGUAUCCAAAGAACGAGAAUUCCACAUCUCUGAGCUUUUCGGAUGACAAUAGCUCGAUACAAUCAUCGCCGUGGCAACGGGACCAGCCCUGGAAACAGUCGAGACCACGACGCGGCAUAUCCAAAGAACUGUCGCUCUAUUACCAUCGUCCCAGGCACAGUGUCCUUAGCAAGGCUGCCCUCCAGACAGCAUUACGCAAGAGACGACGACCCCACGAGCCGAUUGCCAAUAGCGAAGAUCUGCAGCCGAUCUUCGAGUUGGUCAAGGCUGAAAAUGGCGAUGAGACACUAAAGGCCGAAGGCGGAGAAGCUGCAGAAGGCGACACUGCCACUGACACUGGCACUGGCGCUGCAGCAGAAGCUUCUGCAGAAACUGCAAAUGAGAUUAAACCAGAAACGAUCAAAGUAGAAACGGAAGCAAUGCCGGAAACGGAGUCGAACAAGGCCGAAAUCAAUGAUAGCCGCGAGUCAAAAGAGGAAGCUUUUGUGCCGAAUGCAGAGACGAAAGUAAAUGCCGAGCCCACGAUUGAGGCGACAGCACCGGCGACUGCGGAGAAGAUGAACACGAGUGAGGACGAAGAGGCCAUGUCGGUGACAGUUAAUGAACCCCCCAUACCGCCUUCGAUCAGUACGAACGGCAGCACUGGCAGCGAUCUGAAUGGCGAUCACAAGACGCCACGGGCAGACAACAGAAGACUUAAAAAGCCGAAACCCAGAGCCAAGCUCAACAGCAUCAUUCAGAAACUUAUCGAUGGGGUGCCAGCACGUCUAGAGCAAUUGUCCAAGACACCAGCGUCGACAGCGGCGGCAGUCACGGCAGCAGAGCGCAGCGGUGGCGGAGCCAUCGGAAAUCUAAGUCACUCUCUGACGCACAAGGUUUCGCCGCCAACGUCGGCCGCGGCAGUCAGCCGUCUAGUCGAGUACCAUCAUCAGCAUGUUUCGCCCAGAAAGCGCAUCCUGCGCGAGUUUGAGAAGGUGUCGCUGGAGGACAAUGGUUGCGUGAACAAUGGCAGCGGCAGCGGGGGCAGUAGCAGUGGAGGGGUCGGUGGCAAACGGAGUCGUGCCAAGGCUUCGGCACCGCCCAGCAAGUCAGCGCCCAUGAAUCUGGCACCGCCUCAAGGAAAGCCUAGCACUAGCACUAGCACUAGCACACCCACUACAUCGCCAGCACCGGCUGCGGCCUCGCAGCAGCCCACACGCCUGAACAGCUCCUACAGCAUACACUCGCUCUUGGGCGGAGGCAGUGGCAGCUCCUCGUCGUCCUCCUCUUCAUCUUCCAAGAAGACCAUCGACCAUCCGGCGGCCAUCAUCAGCAAUGUGCAUCACCAGCAUUCGUUGUACGCCAAUUCCGGAAACUAUCCACGAUCCCUCCUCAGCUCCCCCAAGUCGCCCGAAGUGAGCGGCAGCAAUGGCGGUGGAAAGUCGCCCUCACAUGCGGCCAGCAAGAAACGCUCUCCCCCGUACACGACUGGGUCGCCGCUGCCCGUGGACUAUGGGCAUUCCUUCUAUAGAGAUCAUUAUUCUGGAACAGGGGGUCGAUCAUCGACGUCGACUGGCACAGCCGUUUCGCCACACAUUUCACACGGAGGAGUGGCGUCGCAAGAUCUUUCACCGCCCCGUUCCACAACAGCUUCCCCCGCCACCACACCUCGCACCGUUCCCAAGAAGACUGCCUCGAUACGCCGCGAGUUUGCCUCGCCAACGGCCAGCAGCAGCAGCUGUCCGUCGCCCGGUGACCGAAGUACAUCGCCACCAGAUCGGCGCCACCAGAUGCAUCUGCAGCGUAGUUCACCAGCCUCCGGCUCGCCCUUGCACUACUAUAUGUAUCCACCGCCGCAGGUGAACGGCAAUGGAUCAUCGGGCAGCCCGACGGUGCCUGUGUCAUCGGGCAGUAGCGCAGCCGCUGCGGCGGCGGCUGCAGCAGCGGCUGCUGCCGCCUACAUUCCCUCGGUGGUGUCGCCAUCGCUUUACCAUCCCUACAUAUCCACACUGGCGGCCCUGCGGCACAACCCGUUGUGGGUGCACCAUUACCAGGCGGGAGCCUCGCCGCUAAUGCCGCCGCAUCCACAGGCCAGCAGCAGUUCGGCUGCAGCCGCGAGACUGUCACCUCCCUCGCCGUAUCAUCCGUUUGCCUAUAAUGGCGUCGGGGCAGCCGCUGUAGCGGCUGCUGCAGCUGCCGCCGCAUUUGGACAGCCCGCCCCCAGUCCGCAUACGCAUCCGCAUCCGCAUACGCACCUGACACAUCCCGCGGCACUAACACACCACACGCCUGCACACCUGGCCACGCCAAAACUGACUGAUAGUAGUACCGAUCUAAUGUCUGCAGCGUCCAGUCAUCGCACAGCCUCCACUUCGCCGACCAGCUCCAAUGCAUCCGUCUCCUCGGCGGCUGCCUCCGGCGCCGGCCCCUCCUCCUCCGCAUUGUUUCAUAAUAGUAGCCUAAGGAAUGAACAAAGUUCAGACUUACCACUGAAUCUGUCGAAGCACUGAGACACACACACACACACACACGCCCCAGCUGCCCCAGUUGAUGGGCGCAACCAUCGAGUUAAGUACAUUACCGCACUAGUAGCGCUUAAGAUGACAUUCAACUACACAUACAAUUAUUUGAUAAGCUCGCUGCUAAUUUAGUUGUAACCGAAUUGUUUUAGCCUAAGCCUAAAUCUAGUUAGGUUCUCGAUUAAGGCAGGAAAUUCAAACGAAACGAAAGGAGAGCAGAACAGAAGAGUGGAAAGGAGAAUAGCGGAGAAGAAACGAAGAGAUACAAGGAAAUCAAAACAGACUCCAACAAUGUUUCAACAAAAACUAUUUAUACAAUCAGUUGAGAAAUGGAACCCCUUCGAUACACAUAUUUAAUAUGCAAAGGAAUUUUAUUCUCUGCCAACUUAUAAGUAAAAACCAUACAAUUAACACAUUUUUCUAUAGGAUGUAUAAAUUGCACGUCUUAAAGAAUCUCAAACAAAAAGAGUUGCGUUUUUUCAUCAAAACAUUUCCUUGAAACAGACUGAACCUGAAUUUUUUUUAGAAAAAAAAAAGAAGAAAAACGAUACAAAAAUAUAAAGUUAUGGAUUGCAGCAUCCAACAUUUAAAGUGUAUUUUACAAAACCUAAAAGAACAGAUUUUUAUAAAAAGCGUGUGCCUUUAAAAAAGAAAUAUAAAGAGAACUAGGGAUUAUAUAAAAA